UGAUGAUCAUCGGCCCAAUCCAAGAACGCUGUCCCUUUUCCCCUCCAUCCUCACUAUCAAACCAAUCUAGAUCCAGAACUCCAUCUCCACUGAUCUCAUGGACACCUCCCCACGAAGCCGAGCACCGCCUCCAUCCCCGGCGGCCAGAGAGAGGCCAGAAUCAUCUGAAGACGACGAUCUCGAUCGGUUCAUGAAGCACGCUCUACGAGUCCCAAACCUAAUCUUGCCCGAUCGGAUCGUUCAACGAGAAAUCGUGGUGAGAAAUCCACCGGAAAUCGAUUGGGGGUCUCUGAUCUCUCCUUUGUCGGAGAAAUCAGUGGCGAGGGAGCUAAGAUCAUCGGCGGCGGCGAUCGGGUGCGUCCAGCUGGUGAAUCAUGGGAUCCCGAGGGAUCUAAUCGAAGAGGCUGCUGUGGCCGCUGCCGAUGCAUUUGGAACCACUCCAGAGGAGAAGAAGAAGGCGGCGAGAUCGCCGGAGCGGAGGUGGGGAUUCGAUGUAGAAGACGACGACGAGGAGAGCUUUUGGUGGGACGGAAGCAGCCUCGAAGAAAUGGCGGGAAUUUCGAAGUGGAAUUCCAACGGUUUCAGAGACAAAAUGGAGAGGCUAUGGUUAGACAUGGAGAAGAUUUGCAACAAAAUCAUGGAAAUACUGAAAGAUAAAAACAUGCAUAAUAUUGAGAAAGAAGUGAAUGAACAAGUGUCAUACUUUUGUGUGCAUAAACACUGUGAAGUUGGUGAUAAGAAUUAUGAGAAUAAGAAUUAUUAUAAAGAGAAACAUGAGAUGAUGAUGAUGCUGAGAGUGUUGAUGAGGAGUUGGGGUUGUUCUCAUGGCCUCGCUUUGCAUGUUCCUUCAAAUGCUACAACAUUUCAAGUCUACUUUAAGGAGAGAUGGCUUUCAUUCACUCCCAAUAAGGAUGCACUUGUUCUCACUCUUGGUGACCAAUUACAGAAAUGUAGUGGUGGCUUCUACAAGCAUGCCAUUGGAAAACAAGUGAUCUUCCACCAAAGUGACAACAAUGUCCCCUCCUCCUCCUCCUCCAUCAUCUCAAUGGCAUUCUUUUAUUCACUUAAUGCAUCAUCAACAUCAUCAUCAUCAUCAUCAUCAUCCAUCACAAAUUCUCAUAAAGAGAAAACAAUCUCUCUUUCUCAACAACUUAUUGUUGCAACAUUCCUAACACUUCUCUUUCACUUGUUUGUCUAUUUGUUUGUUUGAGUUUUACUUUUAAAUUUCAA